GUUUCCAGCCGGAGCGGUUGCGCGGCGCGCGGGGUCGGGCAGCCAUGUCGCGGCUGCACCGGAGCAGGAUCGCGGAUUUCCAAGAGGUGCUCGGCGAACCCACGGUGGCUCUGGGCAAGCUUCGCGAUCUCUGCUUCAGUGGAAUCCCGUUCGACGGAGGGCUGCGCUGCCUCUGCUGGAAGAUCCUGCUGAACUACCUCCCCUUAGAGAGGGCCCUAUGGAGCUCUUUGCUGAAGAAGCAGAGGGAGCUGUAUUCCCAGUUCCUAAAAGAAAUGAUUAUUCAGCCUGGGAUCGCCAAAGCCAACCUUGGUGUCUCAAGGGAAGAUGUGACCUUAGAGGAUCAUCCCCUCAAUCCAAACCCAGACAGCCGGUGGAAUACUUACUUCAAGGAUAACGAGGUGCUCCUCCAGAUAGACAAAGAUGUCAGGAGGCUGUACCCUGACAUGGCAUUUUUCCAGCGCCCGACUGACUACCCCUGCCUUUUAAUCCUGGACCCCCAAAAUGAAUUUGAGACGCUGCGUAAGCGGGUGGAGCAAACCACACUGAAGUCACAGACGGUGGCACGGAACCGCAGCGGGGUUACAAAUGUGAGCUCCCCUCUUAAAUCGUCUCCUAACUCUCUGGGUGAAUACGAAGUUCUGCCCAAUGGCUGCGAAGCUCACUGGGAAGUGGUGGAGCGAAUCCUUUUCAUCUAUGCCAAGCUGAACCCCGGGAUAGCCUACGUUCAGGGGAUGAAUGAAAUAGUGGGGCCCCUUUACUACACCUUUGCUACAGAUCCUAACAGCGAGUGGAAAGAACACGCUGAAGCUGACACGUUUUUCUGCUUUACCAACCUAAUGGCUGAAAUUCGGGACAACUUCAUUAAGAGCUUGGAUGAUUCUCAGUGUGGUAUAACCUACAAAAUGGAGAAGGUCUAUUCCACCCUGAAGGAAAAGGAUGUGGAGCUGUAUUUGAAGCUGCAAGAGCAGAACAUCAAACCCCAGUUCUUUGCCUUUCGCUGGCUGACGCUGCUCUUGUCCCAAGAGUUCCUGCUGCCAGAUGUCAUCCGUAUCUGGGACUCCCUCUUUGCUGACGAUAAGCGCUUUGAUUUUCUGCUCCUCGUGUGUUGUGCCAUGUUGACACUAAUCCGGGAUCAGCUGCUGGAAGGAGACUUCACUCUCAACAUGAGGCUGCUACAGGAUUAUCCUAUAUCUGAUGUUCACCUGAUUUUGAAGAAGGCCAAGGAACUUCAGGAUUCCAAAUAGUCCAUGAGGCUGACUAAAGGUGUUGGAGAAACUGUAAGGCAGAGGAUCUUAGGAGGUGGGCCUGUGCAGAGCAUUAAAACUCCUAGGGAUCUCUGCAGGACUUCAGGUUUUGCAUUUGGGCUACUGGCCACCUUGAAGACUUCCUUCUCCUCUAUUUAUUAGGUCAAGAACUGAUUACUUCCCUAUCUGCUUGGGCCCUGCACUCCAGAUUUUUCAACUCUCGAAUGCCUCUGUGCUGCCAAAAGCAGUUCUUUGUAUCUUUUUUUUUAUGACUUUACGUGGAGAAAGAAACCAUCUAUCUGCAUAUCCCUCAAGGGGUGGAUUCCUUCUGCAUCAUGAAAGUAGCUCACGUGGAGUUACUUCUGAUGGGGAAGGGACAGUGUGGAUCUGGUAGAUUUUGGUGGGUGAGUAUAGAAGGAUCUUUCUCCUGUGAACAGAAUGUAUCCCAAGGAAGUCACACGUUCUGCCAUUCAAGUAGCUUCUGGAUUCUUCUCCCUCUCAUCUGCACUUAGCUGUCCCUGAGGUGUGCAAAAAAAGAAGGUUGUGUCAGCUUCUGGUGCGUGUCAUCUGACAUCCAGCAGUUUGGACCCCUUCUCAUGACAAAGACCUUGAGAACCAUGAUGGGAAGACGUGAUAACAGCUGGCACCUUUGUGCACUGAAACUGCCUGCAUCGCCUUACCAUACAGGUCUCCUUGAAAGAAGACUGUGGUGGUUUUCAUCUGUGAGUGAAGUGUAGUUUGAAGCCUUAUUACACUAAGCCUUAGAGCAGGAGUUCGUUGCUGCAGGGAGGCUGGGACCUCAGGCUGCUUUCCUGGCUCGAACUGGAGCAUAUCUAGCUGCAAUCAGGAUUCUGAAACACAAGAAAUGAGCAUCUAGUUGCAUGAAGACAGCUCUACUUAUGGACUUACACAGGCAUAGCGCUGGGGUUUCCUGCCUCAGUGGCUUGCAUAGGAUAUUACCCUGCAAAAGCUCUGGUCACGGUAACCUUGAUAUUGUCUAAUAGCUCUUCUUGCCAGGAACAGACACAUUAUGGGUGUGACCUACAAGAAAAAGUCCUUUUAUUGUGUAAUCCAGUGGGCAUACAAGCAUUUCAGUCAUUAGCUGACUCCUGGGGGUAAUCCAUGUUUCUGUGCACCAGUGCUACUGGAUAACAGUUGUGAGUUGGACACUUGUCCCUCCUGAGGGGGAAACCGCUGCAUUUCAGUACAGUGCUACAGGCUCAGGUGGGCACUGAGCAAGACAGACUGUGGGAAGAACUGUUAACCUGCAGUAGUGUCAAGCUGAUCAGAAACCGUAAGCCUCAAAGAGAGAAACUGCCAGCACCCAGAUGCUCGGGUUGUGCAGAAGCUCUUGAGUGAACACUAAUCCACAAUGCUUUAUCUUUCUGUGCUGUGCUGGCUCAUCUCUGUGUAGCUGUUCAGCACUGCAGUUUUCAGUAUUUAUGGGUAUUGAUUUGUUAAAGGUCAGUCAUCUGCUUAAGCUGCUGAUGGCCUCAGUGUCCCUAAGGAGAGGGGUGUUCUGUUGUCAGCCUUCAUCUGUUCUACCUGUGUUACUUCCUUCAGGGAAGGCUGCCUCCUUGCAGGCCGCUGUCACUUUAUAAGGCUGGAGAGGAGGAUGGGUUGGUGCACGUUCCUCUCUUCCUGUUAGCAAUCCCAAGCAAAGUCUGCCUCUAUGGAAGGUGCUGGAGUGAUGCUGGUACAGCCAGUGUCACUGCAGUGAUGGAACAUGAACAACUGAAAGCUUAAAACAUCUAAUUAGUUCCUGUGGCUAACAGCAUCUCCCUCUGCUGCAAUCCCUAUAGGGUAGAGUUUUCCUCCAAGAAAAAUGAAAGGGAUGGACGAGGACAGCUGUGUGAUGGAGCAUGCUGCCUGCUCUAGCAACUGUGUGGAUGUUCUGCCUCCUGUCACUGAGCAGUUCUGGCUGUUGGGUGCCUUGCACUGGAGGCUAUUUGUCAGACCACACAUGUGGAACCAGAGGGUCUGACCCUUAGCAGGGGUUAUUUCCUCCAAAACACUUUUUCUUCCAAAGUAACGCUGUAGCUCUCAUAGUUCCAUGCACAGUCUCCUCAUGCUGUCUCCCUGUAGAAGUGCUUCCUUUGUGUUUUCUCUCUACUAGGUGGGCAUCAGUGGGGGAACAACCACAAUUCUCCUUAUAAUGACCUGAGAAGGCAGUGGGUGAACGGGGAUCAAAACAGUUUUGUUUUCAGGGUUCUGUGCAGGCCCUGUGCUUGGCCCUUGCAGGAGAACCCCAGCACAUGGAUGGAUGCUCCUGCAGCAACAGCUGCCUCCUCCUUUCGAUGUGUCACAGGGCUUAUAUUGUGUUGUUCUCUUUAGGGGUGGUGAUGGGGAGCACUUAUAAAAAGAUUUUGCAGUGGGGUGAGAGCUUUGGCUGCUGGAAGGGUUUUGUGGGACACAUUCUGCAGCUUUAUCCAGGUAGGCCUGUGGCUGCUCAACUGGUUAAUUGGAGUUCUCUGGGGAGAACUUAUAACAACUUCGAUGCAGCAAACGGCUUUGAAGGAGAUGCUCUGCUUUGCAAUGAUGUUUGUUCUUCUGAGAUUUAUUUGUUUCUUUAAGAGCAAAGACAGAUUUUCUGGAGGGGAGAAAAAGUCCUGUCACCAGCUUUUAAAUCUUGUUAGUUUCUAUGUCUUCAUUCCUCAAAAGCUGUUGGUGACAAUGAUUUUACUUUUCUUUUUUUGAGCUCAGAAAGCAUUAACUGGCUUGUGGUCAUUCCUUGCUAAUGUGGCCAAGCAGCUCCUGCUUCUUCACCCUGCAGACAUUUCCAACUCUGAUUUGCUCUGGGUUGCUGUCUUCCCCUUACUGUAGCCUGGACAUCUGGAAGUUUGGCUUUUGUGAGAAGGUAGAAGGGAAAGGAGAUGGAGUCCGUGAUGAUGGUCACACAGAGCGCUGAUUCUGAGUUCUGUAACCCAACAGAGUUGCUCACCCUUUGGCAGUGAGUGGGAUGAAGGCCAGAAGUUGGUUUGUGGAUCCUGUGGGAAAGCAGAGGGUGUUUUCCCCCAUGAGUGUCAGUGAUUGCAUUGCACCGCUUGGUGUGUUCUCCCUUUUCCAGAAGGUGAGGAGCACACUCAGCGGUACAUCAGUAUAACACUUUAUUUUUGCUUUUGUUUUUACCUUGGCUGGAAAGAAUUACCAGAACGGGGUCAAGAAAGAACACUUCAUCACUCUAAAACUACUUUUAUGCUUCUUUUUAAACACUAUUUUUAUAACGCUCCCUACAGCGCAGCAGGCAGCUGCAUGCAGGCAUCCCGCAGUGCCCGGCCGUGCUCGGGUUGAAGCACAGGGCACAGGGCUGUCACUGCGGCGCGUUCGGGGCCGAGCUGGGCCGGCUCCAUCGCCCCGUGGCUGCAGCAGUCACGUUAACUUCUGCUCUUUCCUUUUGUACUUUAUCCUGUUGAACCCCUUACGAGAGCCUCCGCGUCUCUCAUUUAAUGCUGUUCUCGAGUUGUCCAAAUAAAAUGGUUUCUUUGCA